CUAAUAAAUAUUGAUUGCUAAAACAAAAAGAAUUUUGCACUAACUCUGGCCCGCAGUUACUGCAAAUUCGCGCCAGGAUGGAUAUGAUAAACAAGUUCUACUCAUCCGCCGUGCAAACGGUGUCCACUUUGUCCGGCGUUUUGCCCGGUAACAAUGUGACGCGGGAGUACGAGGUGCUGGAACAGGUGUGCACCGCCGGAGUGGGACUCAUGUGGAAGGUGUACAAUGGCCACAAAAAGAGCACAAAACAAGAGGUGUCCGUCUUUGUCUUCGAGAAGAAGGCCCUGGAGCGCUGGUCGAAAGAUGACAGGGAGACCAUGUUGGAAACACUGCGACGGGGCGUUCAGCAGCUGACCAAGAUACGUCAUCCACAUGUGCUAACCGUGCAGCAUCCGCUGGAGGAGAGCCGCGAUUCCCUGGCCUUUGCCACGGAGCCGGUUUUUGCCUCACUGGCUAACGUUGUGGGCGAUAAUGUGCGCUCCGAAAAGAAACUAUACGAUGUGGAAAUCCGACACGGUCUGCUGCAACUCUUCGAUGGCCUGCAGUUCCUCCACCAAGACGCCAAGAUUGUGCACCGCAACAUCAGCGCCGAAACGAUCGUGAUCAACAAGAACCGGAGUUGGAAGCUCUUCGGUUUCGAUUUCUGCAUCGCCAACCAGCCAGCCACGGAUGGCACACCCCACUGGCCAUUCCGGGAAUACACCACUUCGCUGCAUGUCCUGGCGCAGCCCAGUCUGGAGUACACGGCACCGGAGCUGGCUUUAAGCAGUAUCAACACGCCGGACAGUGAUCUCUUCUCGUUGGGCGUGCUCAUCUUCACUACCUAUGCCGGCAAGCCGCUGAAGAUGUUUGGAAGUGAUUACAGCAGUUUUCGGCGCUACGCUAAUGAUCUCAAUCAGCGGAAGUAUCCACCCAUGAAUGCAGUGCCCAGCGAGCUGACCGAGAGCCUCAAGGCGCUGUUGCAUCCCAGUGCCAGUCUGCGGCCAAAGCUGCACGAACUCAAGCAGAUUGCUUACUUUCAAGACGUUGGCGUUAAGACCCUGAGCUAUUUGGACUCGCUUUAUCAGUGGGACAACCUGCAGAAGUCCAAGUUCUACAAGGGCCUGCCGCAGAUCAUUCCGACGCUGCCGCAUCGAGUCAAUUUGCACUCGAUUCUGCCGUAUUUGGUCAAGGAGUUCGUCAACUCGCCGAUGAUCCCGUUUGUGCUGCCCAACGUCCUACUUAUCGCGGAGAUGAGCAGCCAGCGGGAAUACUGCGAUCACAUUCUGCCGCACCUGAAACCGAUCUUCAAGCUGACAGAUCCCAUCCAAAUCUUGCUGAUCUUUAUGCAGAAGAUGGAUCUGCUGCUGAAGCUGACGCCGGCGGAGGAGGUGAAGCAGAGUGUGCUGCCGCUGCUUUACCGCUCCUUGGAAUGCGACAUGCCCCAAAUCCAGGACCUCUGUCUGGCGGUGCUGCCCACAUUCUCCACCCUGAUCGACUACAACGCAAUGAAGAAUUCGGUGCUACCUCGCAUAAAAAAACUGUGCCUGCAGAGCAGCAAUGUGUCGGUGAAGGUUAACUGUCUAAUAUCUAUUGGCAAGCUACUCGAGAACCUGGACAAAUGGCUGGUCCUAGAUGAGAUUCUGCCCUUCCUGCAGCAGAUUCAAAGCCGCGAGCCCGCUAUCAUAAUGGGAAUUAUUGGCAUUUAUAAAAUUGCAAUGACCAAUACCAAACUGGGCAUAACCAAGGACGUGAUGGCACACAAAUGCAUUCCUUAUCUAGUACCUUUAAGUGUGGAGAACGGCCUUACAAUAGCUCAAUUUAACACUAUUAUAGCCCUGAUCAAGGAGAUGCUGGGCCGGGUAGAGCAGGAGCAGCGGGAGAAACUGCAGCAACUAUCCACCAUACAGAGAGACAACAAACCCAAAGACGCUUCCGAAAUAUUGGCCAAUGAGCUGGAGAGCUCUACUCUCUCCCAAAAUGGUGCCAGCAAUGGCAACAAGAUCAACGAUGACAUGUUCUCCGGUUUCACAGUGGCCCAGCCAAAAGCAUCCAGCGCCGCUCCUAUUGCGCCCGUAAAGGCCAGGGAACAGCUCAAAAUAUCGCACAACACAAUAUCGGCGCCGCCGGCAGCCCGGCCAGACAUUCUUUCCUCAAUGAUGCAGAGCAACCUCACUGGUCUGGGGACAACUGCAGUGGCAGCUGCUCCUGCACCAGCCGGCACACAAAUGCAGACCAACAAUGGUUGGCACAGUGCAAAUCCGCUGGUUAUGAACCAUCAACUGGCCUCGCCACAAGCCAGCAACAACAAUACCUUUUCGUUAGACGACCUAGAUCCCUUCGCUGGUGGAAAAGUCGCUGCUGUCGCCCCCAAACCCAGCAGCACAAACGGUGCCAAUAUGUAUACGCUGCAGCAGCCCACAGUGAACUACAUUUAUCCAAGUGGCUACAGUCUGAACAGUAUUCAGCAGCAUCAGCAGCAACAACUUCUGGGAAAACCCAGCCAAGCUCCAACGCUACAGCCGCAAUCACAGCCGUUGUUGCCGUCGGAUAAUCAGAACCUCAACGCUCUUUCCCAGCAGGAUAUACUUAACUUCUUAAACUAGAUAAAGCGUAGCCAAUAACAAUUGAUAGAUUUCCAUACUCCAUAUAACUAAUAUUCAAGGAAUCUUUAUAAACCAUGUUGCGUCGAUUUGCGUGUUUUUUAAAUUUUAAGAGCCGAAAGUAAUCUUUGAGUAUUUUAGGAUAUUUCUUUUUGUAGACUUAAUUAAAGUUUUUUUAUGCUUAUGCUUAUAAUAAUUAUUAAAUGAUUCUUCCACUAUCAUAUGACCUUGAGCAGACUUACACAAACUAUCAUAAAAACAAGUGGAAAAGAAAAAAAUUAUCAUAAAAAAGUUUAAUAGAUCGUCCUACAUCAAACUGCAUAAAAAUCCGUUGAUUGCUUUCGUCCCUUAGACUUAAAACGUGCAAAAAGACUUAGCAUCGUAUUUGAGAUAAUAUUAUAUACAUAAAUGUUUCUGUGCAAGAGUUUGAAUGUCCCGUCUAAAUGUGUGCGUGUUUGUUAGAAAUGUUUUAAAUUAUAUUAUGUAGAUUUUAACAGAAGUCCUUUGGAUUCUAAAUCGUUGUCACAUUCCGCAAUCGAUAUCAAUUGUGAAACGAACGAAUGCAUAUAGUUAAAUAGAAUAUGUAUUAUUAUUAGCUAGACAAAAUAGCCAACCAACUAUAUUUUACGCAUUGUGCAAUUGCUCUUCAACUAUAUUUUACAAAAUAUAUCAAUUCAGUGAAACGGUUUUCGGUGUAAUAAAAUAAUAGUAUUCUUCAUUCUUAAAAAG